GAAAGCGGAGCUGCGAUGGACAGUAAAGCUGUGAAGGCGAUAUUAUUUGACCUGGACAACACGCUGAUUGAAACCAGUCGGGCAGGUGGAGUGGCCAUACAGAAGACCAGUGAGCUGUUGAAGACCUCGCUGGCCCUCGAUGACGACUCCGUCCGCAGCAUCUGUGACAAGUUCAAGCAGAAGCUUCUCCACGAGAGCUUCGACCCGUCGGCAGGCCGAUCCAUCGACCAGCUGAGAGUGAGUCACUGGGAGGAGAGCAUCCAGGAGGUGGAGGAGAGCAUCCAGGAGGUGGAGGAGAGCAUCCAGGAGGUGGAGGAGAGCAUCCAGGAGGUGGAGGAGAGCCGUUGCACUCCUUCACUAGCAGCUCAGUGCUACUACUGCUGGAAAAACAGCCGUCUGGAGAUUCUCAGUCUGUCCCCUGAAAUCUGUCACCUCCUGACAGAUCUGCGCUCCAGAUACAAGCUGCUGCUGCUGACCAACGGGGAGACUCAGACUCAGAGGGAGAAAGUGGAGGCGGCGAGGUGCGAGGAGUUCUUCGACGCCGUCGUGAUCGGCGGAGAACACGCGGAGCAGAAACCCUUCGUCUCUAUCUUCACACUGUGUUUCAACAUGCUGGAGGUGGAGGCCCGGGACUGUGUGAUGGUGGGAGACUCUCUGGACACGGACAUCCAGGGGGGCUUCAACGCCGGAGUACGAGCUACAGUUUGGAUCAGCGCUGCAGGAGGUUCAGUGCCAGAAGGUUCAGUGAAACCAGACUACACCGUCCCCUCUGUGCUGGAGCUGCCACACAUCCUGCAACAACUCAAGUAACGACAACGGGUGAUUUAAACCGUGUUUCCCAACCGGUGGGCCAACCAUUAACUAUGAAUGCAAUAUACAACAAUAUACAAAACGUUAUUCAUUUUUAAUUUCCUAUAUUAUUACUUUGGGUGCACUCAUUCCCCAAUACAGAGGCAAAUUCUAUACAACCCUCAAAAUAACUUUUUUUAAACUUUUCCUCAAAAGGAACCCCAGAAGUUUCACCGUUAGCGCAGUUGCCAUGGAUAUUAUUCAGAGCUUUCCAUUGGUGCCGGCUGUAAUAUAUAAGGAUAUUAUAUAUAUUAUAUAUUUUAAAUUCUAAUAAUGUUUUUUAAAAUAGAAUAGUGGCAUUAGAAUGCUGAGAGGCCACCAAAUUUAGGCUUUUACAGCAAAAUUUUUCCCCAGGCUAAUCCAUGUCUGAGUGUAAAGCCCUGCUUAUUGGACUGCAUAUACAUGUGGCAAUUGUUAUAAAAAAUGGGCAAAUUUUUAAAUGCAUAAAAAUGCUUAAAAUAUGGCCAGAAAUGACAGAAAAAACACCAUAUUAUGAGAUGUCCAAAAAUGACCCCCUCAAAAAAAGUCAUACUAUAGUAUGUUGAUUUUUGUCAAAAAUAGUCAAAAUUUAAAAUGCUUAA